UUUCGGUAACCCCUCUAAGGCUCUAAUUCUCGAGCAGAAAGCGAAAGAGAGUGAGAGAGGAGGCUGUAAGAAUGUUGAAGUUCCUCUCAAGGGUUCGGAUCGAGUUCAAUGCGUUAGACCCACGCACAGCGUCGUGCAUGGAGUUCUUGGCGCAGUGCAAUGCGCGCAAGGCCAAAGAGUCCAACGCCGCUUGUCAAGUCCAGGUGAAGCGCCGAACCGACGACCACCCGCCCCAGAUCACCGUCACUUUCGUCAACGGGGUUGAGGAGGUCUUCGACGCCACAUCCACCCCGGCCCAGACCAUAAGGAACAUGAUUCUCGAAAAGGGUCAGCUCCUCGAGACCGAGCAAAUGUUCCGAGAGGCUGGCGAGGCCUGGCCCGUUAUGAUCCCUGAGGAGGAGCUCCACCAACUCGCCCCCGGUACCAAGCCAAGGAAAGCAGAAGAGAAGAAGCAGUAACUGUAUCUUGUCUGAUCUACAAUCUACUUGUUGCUUGGGAUCAUUAUGGAGAGUUGUCAGAUUUGCUACACUGUAAUUGAACAUUUCAUUUUUUAUAAGAAAAUGCCGCACGUGAGACAGGAUUUUGAACUAUGCCUUGUUUUGUACUGAUAGCAUGUUUGUUGUGCUUCACCAUGGAGGCAUUGGGUGUGUCGGGUUGAUUUAAUUGAAUCCUUGCUGCAUGAUUUUGUGGAUGUUUAUAAAUCUUUUUACUUCUUUUAUUCA